AAGAUGCCAAGCACACAACAAGAAAAGGCCCCAUAACCCCCCAUUUUUUUUUGGGGGGGGGGGGGGGGGGGUUGUAAAUAUCUUUGUUCCAGUGCAACAACUUCCAGGCUCGUAUCUUAGACCCAUCAAACGUUUUGCAACGAGAAAGUUGACAAAGGCUGAAACAGCGGAGGAGGCUCGUCCAACAAAGAGGCCCAUUUACCGCGUACAGUGAGGGAGAGCGGCUGGGAGGGAGGGUAGGAGGAGAGUUGAAUUAAUGAAUUAAAAAUGUCGCAAAAAAAAAAAAAACACAAUAAAACAAAACACAAAACAGUGGCCAUCUGAACGCUUUUGGGCUUAUGUAGCAGGGGUAUGCCUGGUGUGAUGUCGAUGUGUGUGUGUGUGUGUGUGUGUGAGGGGUCCUCGGAGGAGUGGACUGCCCGGGCUUUUUUAAGGUCUCCCUGAGUGGACACACAGGGCGCGCUCUCUCGCUCUCCCUGCUUCGCAAGCAAGAAGAAAAAGUGCAAACUGUCCUCAUCCGAUUACAUAAUGAUCCAGUAACAGUGAGCCGGAACCGGUGCUGCCAGUGCCAGUGCGCAGGGAGACACUGACUAGCUGCUGGGUAAUCGUCAACCAGGUCUGACCGGGUUCAAGUUUUUUUUUUUUUUAUUUGCUGAGAAAUUUUUCCUUUAGCCCCUUUUUUUUUUCCCAAAAUUUUUUUUGUUUUCUCAGAUGCACAGGAUGACUUCGACGUAGCGUCGCCAGAGCAAACAAUGCAAUGCAACGGUGAAAAGUGACGUUUAAAACAUGUGUGAACCGUCAACAAGUGCAACCCGGUCGAGACCCUGAAGUUUUGCAGCAAUUUUUUAUUGUUUUUUUUCUAAGUCAUACAUACAAGCAAAAUACAUCUCAGUCGUUUUUUUUUUUUUUUUUUUUUUGCAUGUUUGCUGGACGGUGAAGCUGUCCAAGCUGCACUCAAAGCAAACAUCCAUAGCAAGUCAACAGAAAGUGCCAGCCAUGACUUCAGCCACUCCCCCGUCCUCCGAAGGCUCCUCCCCGCAGAAAGUGUGCCAUUCCCAGACGCAGACGGACAUCAGCAAGCCCCUGUUGAGCUCCACGGGGGGAAGCGGGGCCCCUGCCGCCGGCGGGGGGGAAACGGGAGGGCCAAACGCGCUGCGCAGGAGACGCAGAGUCCUCUCCAAAGAUGGACGGAGCAACGUCCGCAUCGAGCACGUCAGCGGCAGAGGGGCCCUGUACCUCCGUGACCUCUGGACGACGUUCCUGGACAUGCAGUGGCGCUACAAGUUCUUUUUUUUCUCUGCUACUUUCGCUGGGACGUGGUUCCUGUUUGGGGUGCUUUGGUACCUGGUGGCCCUUGUGCACGGAGACCUGCUCGAGUUCGACCCGCCGUCCAAUCACACGCCGUGUGUGAUGGAGGUGAAGACGUUGACCGGAGCCUUCCUCUUCUCCCUGGAAUCGCAGACCACGAUUGGCUAUGGCUUCCGGUGCAUAACAGAGGAGUGUCCCGUAGCUAUAGUCCUCCUCAUUGUUCAGCUGGUCAUCACCAUGGUGAUGGAGAUUUUCAUCACUGGGACCUUUCUUGCAAAAGUUGCUCGUCCCAAGAAGAGAGGCGAGACGGUGAAGUUCAGUCAACACGCCGUUGUGUCGUUUCACGAGGGCCGGCCCUGCCUGAUGAUCCGAGUGGCCAACAUGCGCAAAAGCCUGCUGCUGGGAUGUCAGGUGACGGGGAAGCUGCUCCAAACGUCUCUGACCAAGGAGGGUGAAACGGUGCGGCUGGACCAGCGCAACGUGCCCUUCCAGGUGGACACGUCCAGCGACAGCCCCUUCCUCAUCAUACCCCUGACGUUCUACCACAUCAUCGACGAGAACAGCCCCCUCAGAGCCUGGGCAGCAAAGGGCGGAGGCUGGGCAGACCCUGAACUGGCCGACUUUGAACUGCUGGUGAUCAUGAGCGCCACGGUCGAACCCACGUCCGCCACCUGCCAGGUCCGAACGUCGUACCUUCCGGACGAGAUCCUCUGGGGCUACGAGUUCCCGCCCGUCGUCUCCCUCUCCCCGUCGGGGAAAUACGUGGCCGACUUUGCCUUCUUCGACAAAGUGGCAAAAACCAAGACGUCUCCCUUCCGCAAGCAGCCGUCGUCACCGAACGACAGAACGGAGACGCGCCAAAACGGCGCCAGAGAAGACGACGUGAGCCGGGAGAGGCUCAUACUGGAGGAGAACUACAAGGGGAAAGAAAAGAAGCGGGAGCGGGGGCGCGUAAGAGACAGCAGCCCACUGAGCGUUCGCAUCAGCAACGUAUGAAGCGCAAAACAGGAAGCUGUGGGAGGAAAUGGCAGAGAGAUGAGGAGAAGGAGAGGAAUUGUAUGCUGCUAUACGACAUUGCACCCUCCCCCACACACAGCCAGUAUUCACCUUCUACACACCAACAUGUGGACCACAAGGCAGGAAGCACCUGAGCACCACAGCAUUUCCUCAGAACGACAAGCCUGUAAACAAUAAACAAGCCUUAGACGGAGGACGCCUGACUAGUACAAGCUUACAGCAGGAUUUAAAUGUGUUUUAUAAACACAAUUUAAAUAAUAUGUGAUGUAAUGUACGAGGCCGCUCUGUUAAAAUGUGGUGUUUGUCCAUUCUUCUCUCGGAGAUGAAGUAUUUCUACACAAGAGAAAGGGACGAACAGUACCAAGAAAACUCUUUGAGUUUGUUGUGUGUAUUACUGAAUCGCAGUACUGUGUUUAAAGGCUCCGUUAUGCACAAACGCAUGAUGCUACAUGCUAUGUCGCAUGCUACAUGCUACACGCUAGCUUGCAUGUAGCAUCAUGGGACAUAGCACGGGACAAGGAAGGGGGCAUGCGCCAUCUAAAUGUUCAGCUCUUAUUUUCCCAUAAUUCACUGUUUUGCACUUAUUGCAGCACACUGGACCUUUCAAGGACUACCUGGAACGACUUGUGUCAGUAAGUAUGACGUCUAUGUGUCAUUUUAAGGGACUGUAUCAUAUUUUAUUACACUCUUAACAGCAUUAACCAUAACAUGUUCGUCCUCGAUGACUGUCAUGGGUUAAAUGAGUUUAGUCAUUUUACUAAAAGAAAGCACUUUAACUGGAAAUGAAAGUUUUUCCUCCCAAACAAGCAAUAACAAAACUAACCUCAUUGUUGUGUUAAAUGAUUAAAAUGUGUAUUUUCACCAGCUGAUGUUCUGUGGGGAUGAGAUAAUGGUUUUUUUUUAAUUUUUUUUUUUUAUGAAGCUUUUUGGGAUCUGUUUUAAAACGUAUGUACAGCUCGUGUAAAUAUAUUUCUCCUUUGUGCUUCCAUUUGGUAUAAACGGUUCAUUGGCUGUUUAACAUUUUAACUCUGUGAAGUACCUACUGUAAUGUCUGUCUUUCUACUGCUGACAUUUUGUUUCAAUGUUCAUGUCAGAAUGAAAAUGAAACACUUUGAACAAACCUUAAAGCACCAUUAACCUUAAAAUAAUAUGGUACUUUGUCAAAGAGGCCAUAUUAAUGUUUAGUUUUUUACAUCCAGGAUAUUGUAAGGGAACAAAAAUUUCCCAAAAAUCGUGAAAUUAGUUGGAAAACAUUUCCUUUCAGAAAGGCUUUGGGCCAAUAUUCCCAUAAUCAUAACUACACGUUGCCAUGUUCUCACUUGAUUAAAUUUUUCAUUCACCAUUCAUAAGUAAAAAAAGAAAUGUAUGUAUCGUUUUAGAAAUGUCAUUUUCAUUAAACCCUUUGUUCUACACCAAAUAAUCUUUAGUUACUUUUGGUUUAAGUUCCCUAUGGACCAAUUGACUGUAAAGAAAUAUAUGAAAAUAUCACGUCGCAUUAAACUAAAACUAGUGGCAUCCCUCUUGUAGACAUUAUUUAUUGCAGUCAUAAAAUUACACAUUUGGUGGACUACAAAUAGAUUGUAGAAAAUUACUUUGAAAGGAGUUGUUAAAGGGUGAAUCCAGAAACAUCUCAUGAGAAACAACUCCAUUUUGUGCCUGAAGAAGUUGGGGAUGAAAAUAUGAAAUGUCUGCUGGGGGAAAACCAAAAGUAAGCAAAUAAAUAAACAGCUAAACAACAAAAAGCCAAAUAUCUUAAUAAUAAUAAUACUAAUAAUAAGCAGUGUGCUGGUUUAAAAACAUCCCAGUAAAGUCAACUUUUGCGACACUCGUUUUACGUCCACUUGAUAAAAUCACAAGACUGCCUGCCUUUCCGUCAACGACAAACGACUGCUGAAAAUGUUUCAGGCUGAACGUUGUCCUGGUUUCUGCAUCAGAAUGUGUUCAAUAAAUUAAUCCUGGAAGCUCUCUGCUCAAACUGUCGAUGUAACUUUAAGUGCCUCAUUUAAUAAAUGUUUUAUUUGCAA